AUGCGCAUUUUGUCUUCAUCAACCUCAGCCGAUAAGAAACGAUCCAGAGAGGACAAUGAUUCGGAAUCAGCAUCAUCAGGCUCUUCUUACUCGUCCGAUCAAGACACAAGUACUCCACAACACACUCUUCUUCAACACAUGAUCAAGAAGAAUAAAUCUUCCGAUGGUGCAGGAUCAUCCUCUCGUCCCUCAGAUUCAUCAAGAUUACCAUUCCAAAAUGAAGUGAUUGAAACAGGGAAUAGAUCCUCCGAAGAAGAUCUUUCCUCUCUACCCAAAGAUCAAUUGAUUGACUUGUUUUGGAAUUCAAAAUUAAAACGUCAAAAGAAAUUAUUAUUUCCUCCACAGAAAGAACAGUCAAAAAAGAGAGACAAGUUUCAAACAACAUUUUACGGAUACUGUCGUGGAUGCAAUGAAAAAGUGAAUGGUGGAUUACAAUCCAUGAAAGAUCACAUUUUAACAUGUACACGGCUGAAUAGCUUCUCCACUAACAAACCUUGUGAAGAUGUGAUCAUGAGAUUUAGAGUAUGUCCAAAAUAUGCGAAUGAUUGGAACAAAAUGUGGCUAUUUGUUGAAAUGUCCUUUGACUCCAAAAUGACAGAAUUGGACACGUUACUAAGAAAAUACUGGUGUGAAUGUUGUGGACACUUGUCACAAUUUCGUAUUGAGGGUACCACUUAUUCACAACCAGUGAUGAAUGCUUUUCCUUUCAUGUUGUCUCACUUUUCAGACAAGCCACUCGAUUCUCCAAUGUACAGAAUUUUCGAUCGUCACGACGUUGGCAAGAUAUUUUCAUACGAGUAUGAUAUGGGUACAACUACCACAUUAGAAUUGGAAUUGAUUUCAAUUGUGAAAAGCAAUACAAAAUUACCUGCCACACGCUUAAUUGCAAGAAAUGCACCCCAGAAAUACAAAUGCAUCAAUUGCAAAUCUCCAGCUGUUUAUAUGGAAGCAAGCAUGGUAACCGACUCGAGAUAUCCAUUAUGUGAGGAAUGUGCCAAAGAGAGCAGUGAUGAAGAAGAUGAAGAAGACGACGGUGAAAGAAGUAGUGAUCGUCUCAAAGACAAUAUUUUCAAAAUUACCAACUCUCCACGAAUGUGUGUUUGUGGUUAUGAAGGAGAGUUGGAUGAUGAUAAUUACCAACCUUGA